AUGUCCUCGACUUCGGUGAGAGAGGAGCCUCAGGCUUUCUUCUCCACUUAUGCGCCCCGACUGCGUGCCUACAGAAAUUCACUCCUCACGCCCGUUCUGCCUUCCUCGCAACCAACAGGUCCCCUGUCCCGGACGACGAAGCGCGGUACCACAAUCAUCAACUAUGCAGAAGACGGCUACGACUAUGAUGUCUCCGAUGAUGACAACUCGAGACGGCGACCGACAGGACUGCGCAGCCUGCGACGCGAGGACAGCGGUGCACAGCUCGACCCCGGCGACAAGUUCGAUAAGGAGAUCUUCGAGCCCGUUGACGUGCAAGGCGUAUACCGAGACUGGAUGAACAAGUCAAAGCAAGGCCUCUCCGACAUGCAGAACUACGCGCAAUCCUGCCUACCACUCACCCUCAUACCCAUCCGCAUCGACCUCGACAUCCCAGCCUUUACACCUCUGCCGGCGCAUCCUCCACCAGCCCCCAACAUGCCGGGCAUCGACUACACUGCGCCUCAGUACAAGUCGGGCGAGAUGACUAUCCCAUAUAAGCUUCGAGAUACGUUCUUGUGGAACUUGCACGAGACGCUGAUGACCACGGACCAGUUUGCGGCGACCCUUGUCCAAGACCUCGACCUCCCCAACAGGAAUCUGGCCAUCGCAGAGAUCAGCAAGCAGAUCAGGACUCAGCUCGAGGAGUACGCAGGCGUUGCGCUGCACCCUCUCUUCCACUCACAUGCCAACGGUAGCGAAUCAGGCCCCCGGCAGAAUGGCACCAGCAUACCACCAACUCCCCUACUCAAGGCGUCUGGGUCCACGGGACCCGAUACGCCCGCUAGAAGCGGCCUGUCCCACCUGCCCGCGACGCCGUCGGCCCUCGGAACAUCGACACCAGUCCUUGGGGCUACGGCAGUACCGACACAGGAGACCACCGGCGAGGUCACCGCGACCGCGGAGCACAUCACAGCCGACUCCGACGACCUCAACCCUGAGGACACCUACCGGUGCAUCAUCAACCUGAGCAUCAACCUCGGGCACCAGCUUUACACGGACAAGUUCGAGUGGUCGCUCCUCCACCCCGCAGGCACAGCCGAAGCAUUCUCCAAGCAGACAUGCGCCGAUCUUGGCCUGACCGGCGAAUGGGUCCCAGCGAUGACGCACGCGAUCUACGAGGCUGUCCUACGUCUCAAGAAGGAAGCCUGCGAAUCUGGCGGUGUGAUAUCAGGCUGGGUAGGCGCGAGCGCCAUGAACGGCGGCGACUUCCCGAACGACGCAGCCAUCACGGCACAAGGGGAGCGGGCCGGGUGGCGGUACGACCCGGAGCAUCUGGCGGACGAGUGGGAGCCCAAGAUAGAGACGCUGUCAAAGGAGGAGAUCGAGAAGCGCGAAGGCGACCGCGAGAGGCAAAUAAGGCGACUCCGGCGCGAAACGGCACGGUUCUCGAGCAACACGGGUAUGAUGGGCGGCGUGCCUGCCGGCUUCGGCUUCACGGGCCUGAUCGAGCAGGAGGAAGAGCGGAUGGGCCGGGGCGAGCGGAGCAAGAAGAAGCGGCGGUUCAGGAGCUUGUCGCCGCUGGGGAGGGCCAGCACGCCAGGAGGCAGGUUCACGCCUGACGUUGGCGCUGGUCCCGGCGGUGGCUACGGCGGUGGCGGCACGUUGACGGAACAGGAGCGGUUCACAUGGAGGUGCUACCACUGUAGGGUAUGGGGCAGCAGUGUUUGGGCCGUCCGCGAUGGGCCCCAUGGACCAAGGACUCUGUGCAACAACUGCGGCUUCAUGUACGAACGUGACAGGAAGCUACCCCGGUGGACGAAGAACCUGCACAUUAAGGACUCAAGGCCCCAGUAG